CCGGCAAGAAGUGCCGUGCUGCCAGCGUCGGCCAUGGGAGAUCGUUGCCGGUCCAAUAACAUGAGAGCGAAGCGGGCUUGUAAAAAGGUGGGCAGCGGAUCCUGAAAUUGAAGAAAAGAUGUCUGAGCCUGUAGAUCCUCGGGGAGACCACAAAGCAUCUGAAGGACAAGUUGGUGUUGGGACACCGGGGCAUCGACAUAGUCUAGCCAAUCGGCAAGAUUUUGCAGAGAGCAGAAGCGGUGGAGACAGAGGAGAUAACCAGAUCGGAGACUUCGUCGGAGAUGGUGGACAGAAUCCAUCCCUGGAGGAGAGCGUCAAGUUGGAGCCAUUCAUCGUCGUCUUCAGAGAGAGGGACGACGGAGCCGUUGAGGUAGCCCUGGAGAUUGAAUCGGCGUACCAGGAGGAGAAAGAGGCGACUCCACUUCUUGUAGUUUGGUUGAGAGAGACUGAGAAGAACCGGGACAUGGAGUUUGACGUUGGAGAUCGUCGUGAAAGCAAGAUGAGGAGUCUUGGCCGAGGUGGCGUUUGUGUUGGAGGUGACCUCGCUGUCAGCCAUUGGAGAGAGGAGAGCCGGCGACGAGAGAGGAGAGGAGGAGAGAGGCUGCUGCCGGCGACAAGAGGGAGAGGCGGCGGCGCCGCUGGAAAUGCCGAGAGGGAGAAGGAGGGCCGAGAG